UUUGUUUAUGUUUAGAUAACUGCUGUAUUACGUCGCCUUAUGAACAAUUGUUAUUAUAAUGCUUAAUGGUGUAAGUGCAUCUUACUGUUAAUGUAAAACCGAAGAACAACCAACGCAAGAGAAUUUCAAGAUUGUAUAUUUAUAUUCUGGACUAGUUCAGCUAUGGCAAGUACAUCAAGACUUACAAAGAUUUCGGCCGAACUAAUGAGCUUGCACGCCGGCCAAAAUUUGGACGGCAACCCGGGCUCGCCAGAGUCGGGCUUGGGCUCGGACUGGGACUUUGACAGCGAUGAAAUCGUGCAAUCCAGUUCUGUAGCUACACCAAGAAGGUCAAUAGACGCCCUACAUGCUUCAUCUCCCUCUCCAACAUUGGAAUGUAUCCUAGAUUGCCCUGAUGUUAGCGGAGUAGACGUGUUUGACAGUCCGAUCAAAAAAGAGGCUGACUUUAAAGACCCGAAACCCAGACAGUCGCCGAACAAGAACAAGAGGGAAAACAUAUUGAACGAGUUGAAAAACCUACCCGCUACAAAGAUCAAAUUGCCUCCGCCGUCGCGAAGCAGUCAAAAGAAACUGGCGGCGAGGCCUGGCUACAUCAAGCGCCCAAUGAAUGCGUUCAUGAUAUGGUCGCAAAUCGAACGGAGAAAGAUAAUGGAGAAAACUCCAGAGCUACACAAUGCUGAAAUCAGCCGCAAUCUAGGUCGAAUCUGGAGGGAGCAGGCGGAUUCGAUUAAGCGGCCGUUUCUGAUCGAAGCGGAGAGAUUACGACUGCAGCAUAUGUGCGACUACCCUGAUUAUAAAUAUAAACCGAAAAAGAAAGCAAAGGGCAAAAAAUGCGACUCGUCAGAGAACUCUACGUUCAGUUAUUUGCACAACGAUCCAGAUCAAUCCAUGGAAAUUAUAGAAACGAAUACUGAAGCCUUAAAGGCGGAAGUAAAAGUGUCCAGCAAACGUUUGCCAAAGAAACGAAAGCUGUCUCAAAGCAAGCCUUCUUUACCUGAAAUCAAACCGACAGUCGUGGCCUCUAUCAAUCCCAUUCAAAACAACUCAGGUAACAGCGAACCGCAAGCCAAAGAAGUCACCGCAACAACGAACAAUCUGCUGACGGCGGUUAAAGUCGAGCCACGGGUGCCACCUCUGCCGAUUACCCCAGCUACGAUCGUGACGGCCGUGCCUUCCAAACGUGGCAGGUUCGAAGUACAUACCCCCUCCCCUUGCGAUACGAACCAGAGGAUAGGUUUGGUGCAUGGAACUGUCUUCAAAACCGUCACCGAAGGAAAUCGCCAGUUCAUCAUCGUUUCCGGUGCUAAUGACGUCAUUUCUGACGUCACAAACUCGAGCUUGGUGUCGACGCAACGAACAUCAACACCUUGCCAACAAAAACAAAUAAUAAACGCUAACUUUGUGCCGAUAACCAACGACUGCGGACAAGAAAAAGUGUAUAACAUUGUAAGAGGGUGCAUACAAGUGGCGAGUCAGGAACCAACGAACUCUACCACACAGAAACGCGUGGAGCCUGAUGUCCCAACUACAUUUGCCAACAUGGGCGAUGACUUCCGGAACGAAUACCUGAAGGAAGAUCACUUUAUUGACCAAAUCACAUUAAGCAGCGGGAUAGCAUAUGCUGAUCCUUGCAGAAGGAAAUCACAUUUCGAGUUCUCAGACUACGACACAGAUGAAGUUAAACGGAUGAUUGAAAGUUCCGACCUAGCGUGGCUCAGGGACGACAUCUGCUGUCCGUAAUUUUAAGCGUCACCCACCACCAAGCGGCGCGUUUCGCAAUAUUGAACUUUUAGCCAUAGACCGCAAUUUUAAUGCUAUAUCUUUGGUUCUUUUAACGCAUUACGAAAGAUAUAGCAUUAAUUCGCGGCCGGAUAUACCUGUGGUUGAUUUUUUUUUUGUUCCGCAAUUAUUCAAGCUUGGUUUUCACUGGCCACUGCUAAACUUGUCAUAUAAAUACUCCUCACUAAUACACAUGUACAAAAUUAUAAUUCACGUAAAAUUCAAUUUUACUGUGUCGUUCAUACUUCUAGUGAAAACCUCGCUUGAAUGAGUUGUUUUGUUCCAUUUACCCCUUUCUGUGGUUUGUUUUGUAAAUCGUACGUUUGCUAUUUCAUAUCUUGCUCGAUAUCUCAUGCCUUACAUUAUAUCGGCCUUUCAAUAUACCCCGUACCUCUGGACCACUGUCCGUUUUACCAGGUAGAUCCCACACUUUCGUGCCAGUACACCGUUUGCCGCACAGUGUUGCCGACUUUGCACUAAUUUACCAUGCUCUCCAAUCUGUUACCUGUAAUCCAUCAAUCAAAAUAACGCACUCGGCAUCACUGGCACCGCGCAAACGACCUGGUACAAAGUCCUUACGUUGUUUUUUAACCGUCUUUACCUCAAACCCUUCAACCUUCGGGCCCUGAUCGAUUUUUCUGUUUUAUUUUCAUUUUUUCUCACACAGUAACCCAGUACAAUACAGAAUCCCAAGUAAAUGGUCUGCAGUGUACAGUAUAGUGCUCGAACAACUGUGUACAUUUCUAGCAAUCGUUGUAACCGCAAAAAAAUUGUAAAUACUGGUAGUCGAACCCCCCAAAGUGCUGCCUUGUGCAAAUGUUAACGUAAAUCGGUUGGCACUAUAAAUUAAUUGCAAACCACAAAACCUGCUUCCCUGUGCUCAGUUGUCACUGCUUUUGGUCUUUCUAAUUCUGCCUGUUUUUGUUUCGCCACUUUCUCUUUUGUAGAUAUUUUUAUCGCCUGUUCUCUGCUGGUUGGAGACUAUUUUUUGACGUGUUUUAAGCGCAUUCGGACGAACCUGCAUAUACACCACACAUGAAAAA